CUUGAAAGCUAGCACUCAGGCAGUUGAAGCGGUUCGGUUCGUUCGAUCGGGCGAGGUUCAUUGUAUUCCUGGUACCAGCACACCAUAUACAACAGCUACCUUGCAUCUUGUCACAGGCAAAAAUAACUUCUGAUUUUCACAUUUCUAUUCUAUACAAUUUGAAGGCAUUUCGAAAAUUCCACUGUCCUCGAACGCCGCGCGACAUUUUCUAUUUUCUUCCUCAGUUGUCACGAUCUGAAAGUAACGUAUAAGCCGGCAAAGAGUUGAAACUAAUUGAAUUCGAUCUGGUCCCUUAUAAUUUUUUUGAAAUCCAUAUACCGUACCAAGUUCGAAGCUACAAAGCGUAGAAAAACCAUAUCUGCCGUGUGGCUUUUUUUUACUAGAAAGACCUAGUAAGUGGGCAAAACGAGCGGGAGCAAGCUGUACUCGGAUCUCAACUUUUCGGAUCUCAAUUUCCGAUAAAACCCCCCCGCAAUGGCCGGUAUAUGGGAAGAAUGGGACUACUCCAGCCGCAAUGGUCCCAGCACGUGGGUGGAGAAGUUCCCAAUGGCAGCGGGGUCAAGACAGAGUCCUGUUAACAUCGAAACUGAACGAGCAGAAUCCGACCAUGAGGCUCUAAGCAGCAAACCUUUACGUUGGAAGUAUCCGUCAACUUCAUCUAAGAAGUUGGUUAAUCCAGGAUACUGUUGGAGAAUCGACUGUGAUGGCGAAGGCACUUUCCUGAGUGGAGGUCCUUUGAUGGAUGACGUGUAUAAGCUUGAGCAAUAUCACUGUCAUUGGGGUUGCAGCGAUUCGAGAGGAUCCGAACAUACUGUGGAUGGACAAGCUUUCGCUGGUGAAUUACAUCUGGUACACUGGAAUACAACCAAGUAUAGAACUUUCGUAGAUGCCGCAAAAGCACCGGAUGGUCUUGCUGUUUUGGGAGUAUUUCUGAAGGUGGGAAAACCACACGAGGAGAUGGACAAAAUUGCCCGUCUACUUCCAUACGUUUCACACAAAGACGAAAUCUUGGAAAUUGCAGAGGCUAUCGAUCCUAGCAAACUUCUUCCUGUUCGCGGUGGACGAGCCGGCACACAAAGAUGCGUUAAUCCAUGUAUGCGUUGGGCCGACCGAAUUAUACGUCCUGAGAACAAGUGGGCAUACCAAGAUGAUAACGGAUACUGGACUUAUUUGGGCUCAUUGACCACGCCGCCAUGCAACGAAAGUGUAACAUGGAUUCUCUUCAAGAAGUACAUAGAAGUUUCUCAUCAUCAAUUGAACAUAUUCCGCAAUCUGAGAAAAUUUCCUCGUGGCGAGGAAUGCCCUUGCCAUGAGAAUCAUGGAGUGGUGAUUAACAACUUCCGUCCGCCGCUCCCGCUUGGAAAUCGUGUUUUGCGAGAAUGCGGCAGCUUCUAAUUUCACACGAGGAGAUGCACAAAAAAAAGAUGAUUAUGAUCAAGUUGCAGAUAAACUUGUUAUACUUUACUUUGCCGGCCGUUUCGGGGGGUUUUAGGAUAGGGGGAACGAAGUAUGUCCAUAUAGCAUUAAUUUGUUUAAGCUCCUUAGCGCUUAUAUUUUGUAAUGCGCGUUGUUUUCAACGUUACUGUGCCUUCAAAUGUUUUAUUCGUUUCUAUAAAAGGGGUGAUACAUUCAUUAUUUAUUUUUGAAGAAUAUUAAUAUCAACACUGGCUUGACAAAAUUUAAUUGCCUCAUAAAGUAAAGGCAUAUAGGAAUUUUGGGUAUAUUUGUAUUUACUAGGUACCUUCAUUAGGAAAAUACGCACUUUGUCUAUAGUAAUAAUCAUGGUAAACAUGUUUUUCUCAGGUGGAGGUUUAAAAUCCAUUACAUUAUAGAGUGUUUUAACUUCCUAUUAGCAUAAAGGCUUUUUUUUAUCUACGGGGAAUUUAUUUGAAUAUAUAUGUGCCCCGGUGAAAAAUUGUUUACAAAUACAAAAUUGUAGGGUCCUCUGUUCGCAAGAUCUCGAACUGACUGAAACACUAAUUCAGAGAUAAGGAAUGGUACCCUUUAUUAUUAUUUAACAAAAUUCCUUUGUAAUAUAUUGCAUUAUUGAAUUAGAAAUCCGUAUCGUGCCUAAUAGAAUUGAACUGAAAUAGAACGAAACAUAAAUUAGUAGAGUAUUUUGUUGCUUAGUGCUUCGAUCUUUCCAAAAGGAUUAAAUCCGUUGGAAAUGAAAUUUUGCAGGUCCAUUCAAAUGUAAGCUUUUAUAAGAAACUUUGUACUCUUAAUCAGGCGUUUUUUAUGCGUUUAAGAUAAGACGCUUUGCGGAAAAAUAUGCUUAAAAUGCAGCAUAGUUGGAAUUUGGUCAAUCUAAAAAUAAAAACUGUUGUACAGCCGAAUGCGUGUGUGACGCGUGAAUAAAUUGUGUGGUGGCACUCAGUAUUUUUCGAACUGCAAUGUAGUUGAGCUUUAUUUGCACGUUUAAGCACAAAAAAUAUGGUCACAUUGACAUCCUUCGAUGUUUAGUUUAAAGAUCUGUGUAUUUGUGAUGUUGGCAAAGAUUUCAAUAUGUGAAUUCAGUUUAAGGCUAAAUGUGACAUACAAUAAAGAUAUAUCUAUAUACAUGCA